CAAACCGAGGCAGGAAUGGCUAGACUGGGAAGAACCUCAAAAUAGGCAGCUGUGGGCUCAAUAUGAUGAUAAGUAUUGGGAGGUAUUGAAAUAGCCAAUUCCGACCAAAGUCUGUAGAGCAAUGCAAACACAACAUGAACGGACCAAAUCAUAUUCAGUCACAUGACUCAGGCACGCUGUUGAGCGAUAACGCUCGUUCUGAUUCGAUCCAUGAGGGUGGAAGCACAAGCGUUUUCCGGCAAGCUACUUGGCUUUUAAUCCCCACCCCCCACCCCCAUGUGACCUCAUUACUGACCAACAAUAACAUACUUAAGAAUCUGGUGAUGUUCCUAGCGAUCAUUUUUGUUGUGGUCGUCCAAAGUGUGGGACCAUCGUAUUCAGAAACGAUCUCCGAGAUUUAUGGAGGAGAGGUUCUGCCCAGUGAUCACUAUUUUGAGAGUGGCCCAUUUGGUGGCACGCAGGGUGGGGAAUGGUUCACCGAUUUCUGGCAAAGUCUAAAUGGGCGGGUGAUCAAACCCACUCAUUGGCCCGAUGCUAUCAACGUCCGCUCCGGCGAAAGAGUCGACUCAAUUCAAAUGUUCUAUGGGCCAUAUCACGGAGCACUCCAUGGAGGGGAAGGCGGUUCGUUGGGCAAAAUAAAGCUUUAUGCCGGUGACCGCAUUGUCCGUGUCACAGGAAGGCAAGGGUUCGGACCGGGAGCAGGCGUGGAUCAACUCAACUUUUACACGUCGAGCGGCAAACGACUUGGACCGUAUGGUGGAACUGGAGGCUAUUUCUUUGAGGCCCGCCCUCCACAAGACGAUUGCUUUUUGGCGUGGAUCUCGGGGCGUUCCCACUUGCGUCUUGACUCGAUCUCUUUCCAUUGGAGGUGUGCCACAAGCUACCGAUUGCAAGCUCAAAAGGAUCCUCCUACCUAUGAUAACCUGGGUCUGCACAAUUAUUUUCCCCAAUCAAACAGCCAGUUUUCAAAAUCAUCUCAAAUUUCCUUUUGUUUGAUUCCAUUGACUGUCCUUUCCAUUAUACUUCAUCAGGACCGUAUGUUUCUACUUCACUCCUAACAUCAUCCAUCCAUCCAUCCAUCAGACAAUAUUGUGAUAGUUUGCAUAAUAAAUGAGCUAAGAACAAAAAGUUACCAGCAAAUCCGUAAGAGUAGGUAUACAGUAGGUUACGAACUUGCCACUUCGUAAUUUAUGAAAUCUAGUGGAUUUGUUGGACUUGCAAACAUCGAAUUUGGCUGGAUGUGUGCGUGUGUGUACCCUAAUGGCAAAUAGGAGC